AUGUCGGAGCCAAGGCCGAGAGAGCUGCACGUUCACGGCGGGCAGCGUGUCCCGGCUCGCUGCGGGCCCUCCGGGGUGCUGCAUGGGGAGCGCUCGGGCCAUGGCUGGGCACGGCUCCCCAGCUCCUGCAAGGGCCGCUGGCGUGAUGAACCGAGCAGAACCAGGGGCCUGACCCGCACUGGGGGCGGCGGAGUCGCUGUCCCUGCUUCCCUCCUACCUGCUGGGACACAGCGUGGGGGAGUCAGAGCCUUCCACUACCCCCUGCAGGACGGGGCCCUAUGGGACGAGCUGGACUUGUCCCCGCUGAGCGUGUUCCCUGGCCAGGCACGGGAGAGGGACCCAGGGCUGCGGGUGCUCUGCCUGCCCCUGGAGCUGACAGCCGAUUCCCCUGUUGUUCCUGCACACCCCUUGCGGUUCCCCAGAGCUUUUCUCUGCCAGAAGCACUCUCUUCAGUCUAGAGGGAGCUGCAGAAGCCGCUCCGGCCCCCGGCUGCCCGGCCCCGCACGGGCAGCAGCGUGCACGCCGUGGGACAUUGCUCUGCCCGGAUCACCUCCGAUACCCCCCAUGAAGCUGGCUGGGAUACAGCCGGACGGAAACUGCAUCGGAGAGCUUCGGCUCGGUAGCAAGGAGGUCCUGGAGCGGGGAGCGGGCCCGCUGCCCAUCGGCCAAACUUCGGGCCGCCGCACCGGCUGGCCCGAAGCCUUCCUAGAGCGCCACGGAGCCUCCUUCCUGCGGCUGCAGGCUGCUGCCGGGGCAGGACGGCCCGCCGCGGCACCGUGGCCGCCCGUGGUGCCGAGCAGAGCACGGUGCGCCCCGGCGGCGGCGGUACGGGCCCGUGUGCCCAGGGCCGCGGAGAGGAGCGCCGGCGGCACCGGCCCGAGUGCCCGGGGCCGCGGGGAGGAGUGGCGGCGGGGCGGGGCGGGCGCGGGGCCGCGCUGCCGGUGCCGCACUACAGGUCCCGGCGCUCCCCUCGGCGGGGCGGGCUCGGCGCGGCGGAAGCGGCGGCGCGGCGCGGAGCGACGGGGGACCCGGCGCGGCCACGGGCACGGUGGCACCAUGCAGCAGGAGGCCGAGGGCGGCCGGGCGCGCCGCAGGAAGCCCGACAUGGCUCUCUACGUGCCCAAAGCACGGCGGGAGCGAGAGGCGCGAGCGGCAGGGGACGUGCGGGGGGCCGGGCACCGCCACGAGCCCCAGAACCACCGGCUGCUGCAGGACCCGGCUGGGGGCGAGGGGCAGAGGCCGAGCCCCCGAGCCAGGACACAGGCAGGCAGGGCGGCGAGGAAGGAGAGCAAGGUGGAUGCCGGCCCAAAGGAGCUGCGGGCAGCCUCUGCCAGGCACAGCCAUAGGACAAGAGGCAGCUGCCCUGUUGCGCUGGAAAGGCUGGAGGCAUCGCCCAGCAUGUGUGAGCCAUGCCCAGAUCCAGCUGUUGCUCAGCACAGGGACAGGCAGGACAAAGCAUCUCACGAAGAACCUGCACAGCUCAGCCACAACCACAGGGUGAUAAGGACUGAGCCUGACCCUCCAUCCACACUGAAUGCCCAGGCUGAGGCUGUGAAGGCUCCCCCUGAGCCCGGGGAUGACCCCGCUAGCCCAACACCCGCUGCUAGCCCAACACUGGUUUGUCAGACAGGCCUGAGUGGCAUGUCGGAGCACUUGGGGGACAGCACCCCAGAUCCAGCUGAGGACCUCUCCCAAAGCCUGGGAGAGGCUGUCCUGCAGUCAGCAGGGGUGGGCAGCCAUAGCAGGGUGCCCCAGUUAGUGGAGGAGACAGUGGGUCAGAAAACCUGGGAGGAGGAGAGGCAGGAGGAGAGGGAUGAGCAGAGGUCUCUCCUGGCAGAGCAGAGCGAGGGUUGUGCCACUGGGGUGCCAGAGGCAGAGGAGACGUGGGGAGGCAGAGCUGAGGUUCCUGGGGAGAGCACCCUGUGUGCACCAGGAGCCAGCUGUGAGCCUGUGUUUCUGGGGGACAGCAUGGGCGAUGCUCCAGUGCUCCCAGGGGGGAGCACCCCACAGCAGGGCAUGGGCAGCCCAUCCCAGCCUGCCAUGGAGGAGAGCACUGCUGGUGCUGGGGGUCCCAGAGGGGAGGGUGACCGGGUGCCUGCUGUAGUGGAAGCAGGCAGCACUUGUGCCUGCACAGAUAGCAGUGCUGGAUCUGAGAGCAGCCCGUGGGAGGGAGCACCUCUGGAAAGCUGUGAGCCCCCAGUGCCCCUAGAGCAGCUGUGCCAUGGCAUGGAGGGGAUCUCACCUGCAUCCUGGGCCAAGGAGCUGGCAAAGCCAGAUGAGGAUGUGGGCUCACUGCAGAAGCACCAGGAGGCUGAGAAAGAAGAGAGAGGUCUCCACAGCAGCUCCCCUAUGGAAGGACAGAGCAGUGCCAGUGCUGAAACCCUGAGCCAGACCAGCCCAGGUGCUGAGGAGAGCUGGGAUGUGCUGUUCAACGAUGAUGGGGACUGCCUGGACCCACGCCUGCUGGAGGAGCUCUCAGGGGGUGAGAAGCACCAGGAGAGCCAGCAGUCACCCCGCUUCAACUACUAUCGGGCGGAACCUGCUGCUCCAGACAUCAGCGACGAUGAGCUGCCCCACGUCAUCGAGAUCUACGAUUUCCCCGCGGAUUUCCGCACCGAGGAUCUCAUGCGUGUCUUCUGCAGCUAUCAGAAAAAGGGCUUUGAUAUUAAAUGGGUGGAUGAUACGCACGCCCUGGGCAUCUUCUCCAGCCCCAUAACAGCACGCGAUGCCCUCAGCACCAAGCACCUGAUGGUGAAGACGCGCCCACUGUCCCAGGGCACCCGCGCCUCUAAAGCCAAAGCCAGGGCAUUUGCUGAGUACCUGCAGCCAGCCAAGGAGCGCCCUGAAACAUCAGCUGUCCUGGCCCGGCGGCUGGUGAUUGGUGCCCUGGGGGUACGGAGCAAGCAGACACCAGCCCAGCGAGAUGCAGAGCGGAGGAAGCUGCAAGAGGCUCAAGAGAGGAAGCGCCUGGAGAACAAGCAGCGGGAGGAUGCCUGGGAGGGCCGGGACUGAGCCAGGAGGCUGCACUUUGAGCCCAUGUCCCUCUCUGCAGGCGGGCAGAGCACUCUGCGUCUCAGAGCUGGGACACGUUCUGCAUCGUGUCCAAAAGCACCGGGCUGCUUCACCGAGAGGGCUGAGCAGCGUGAGGGCUGGUUGGUGCUGUGGGGAUGCUGUUGCUGUCAGGCAGCACUGCCCACCCUGCCCAGGGCAGAACCCCCGAGGCUGCCAGCCACAGCAGGAGCAGCAGCAGGAUGCAGGGAGCUCAGCAGAGAGCAUGGGGGGCUGUGUGGGGUGGCCCUGGCCACCUGGAAGGGCCUUGUGAGUGAGAGUUUCUGUCCUUUAUUUUGCUAAUAAAUGCCA